AUGGCAAUAGAUUCUACCUAUCCUUCUCCUGUGAAUGACCUGCUUAUUCACAACGUUACUUCCUGCUCAUUUUUUGCAACUUGGUCUUCUAAGUUCCUUCUUAACUACACCGUAAAGUUGUUGACUUCUGAACAGGAAGUUCUCUCCUUUGACACCGAUAAGCAGGAGUGGCUAGUGACUGGGCUGAAACCUGGGGCUCUGUAUGUGUUGAGAGUUGUGUCAAAAGUUUGCGCACUUGAAGGCCAAGUCACUGAAUCGACUGUCCGAACAGCUGGACUGACACUUGAAGCAACAGCAAGGAUCACAAAUAUGCAAUUUAAAGAAAGCUUCCAUAAUACCAGCAGUACUGAGUAUCUGAAAUUUACAGAAGAUAUUCAGAAUGAGAUUUUGAAAUUGCAGUCUGCAGAUAUUCAAGAUCUUGUUGCUAAGGGAAAGAUGAAGAUAAUAAUUACCAGCAUCACCAGUGGAAGCAUAAAGUUAUUUUUCUUAAUAGUGUGUGAUAAAGAAGCCUUUGAAAUGGUAAAAACCCGAGGUUCAGAGCUGGUUUCCUCAUUGGGCAACAGUGUAAACUAUACAUUUGACAGCAGUGGCCUCAGUAUCACAGACUAUGAUGAGUGUGCAAGAAAUGUCCAUGACUGCUCGUCUAAUGCCACCUGCAGAAAUAUCUUUGGAUCAUUUGAAUGUUAUUGCAAAGAAAAUUUCCAAGAUAUACUUCCAAUGCGGCCUGGAAGAAUCUGCAAAGCAUUAACCUCAGAAUUUGCUACUGUGUCUCAUACAAGGCAAACUGCCACUUCAGCAUCUACUGCAGCAUUUUCGCAAAGAAGCACAACUUCCACCAUAUCCCCAGAGAUCCAGAAGACUAGUCCACUGUCAGUUACCUGCAUGAGUCAAAAUAUAUCAGUGGCAGUAACUAAAGCAUUUCUUAAUCAGAAGGCGAUUUCAGAGUCCUCUCUCUACCUUGGAAUCCCUCAGUGCAAUGUGAGCAGCAGCAAUGACACACAUGUCAUGCUGACAACAGCAAAAGGCAUUUGUGGUACAAACACAACAUACAAUAACACUUACACAAUCUUGAAAACUAUAUUGUCAUGUGAAUCUGAUCAGAAUGGAGGCAUUCUUGCCAGCACACAUCUUCAAGUUCCUAUUACUUGUAUCUACUACAACCAGUUUCUAAUCUCCUCUGGAUACAGCUCUUCAGG